GAAACAUGGCGGAGGCUGCAGCCAAAACUGUGUUGGACAAGAUCAGCCAGGGGCAUCUGGAAUGUCCGAUCUGUUGCUGUCUUUUCAAGGAUCCCAAGAUCUUGGACUGUUUGCACAGCUUCUGCCUCAUGUGUCUGGAAGAGAUGAUCAAAUCGAGACAGAGAAAGACAAGUCAAAUACAGCAGAAGAUAACAUGUCCAGUCUGCAGGAGAGACACGCAAGUUCCCUAUGGAAGAUUGAAGAGUCUCUCUUCUUCUUUCUUUCUUAGUUCACUUGUCGAUGAGGUCAAACAACAGCAGGCUGUAUUAAGAGAAGCAUCGGCACGUACCGCCACAUGUGACUGCGGAGAAGGCAAGGAGGCCACUUGGAGGUGUCUUGAUUGUAGUGAUAACCUCUGCCAAGAAUGCCGGAAAGCCCACGGGAGGGUCAAGUCCACCAAGAACCAUCAAAUCAUUUCAUUGGGCGAUUGGCGGAAAUCAAAGCUCCCGCCAGCAAAACAUAGAAAACCCAUCACCCGAAUGUGUAAGAAACACAUUGACAAUCCUCUGUGUUUUUACUGUGAUAAGUGCGACACCUUAAUCUGCUCAAUGUGUGCCGCACUAGAUCAUCGAUCGAAAAAGCACAAAUACCUAAAGAUUGCUGACUCUGUUCGGUUCUUCCGCAGCGAGGUUGAUAGCACACUGAAGAAGUUCAAGAAGUGCGAACAGCGUUUCAAUUAUACUGUGAACUCAAUCGAACAUGCACGAAACAGACUGCAAAAGAAACUUGCUCAGGCUCGUAGUGAUAUAUCUGCCCAAGAAGAGGCAGAGAUCGCUAAAAUCAGAAACAAAGCAAAGCUUCUCACCGAAAAGGUCGACGAAAUCGGUCAGGAGAGAGACAGUGAGUACGAAAAGGCGCUCAUGUACAACCGCAACCAGAUGAACCGCGCAGGUGAGAUAGUCAAGGCAGUAAAUGACUUGAUGAGUCAAGCCGAUGAUUUAGAGAUUUUAGAGCUUAAACCAAAGGUGAUGCACAACUUGGAAUUCCAGAAGGAGUUCAAGUUUGAACCGGCGAAUCAUGGUCCGUCGUUCAUCGGGGUCAAAUGUCAAGACGUUGUGAGUGAUGCAGACCUUGGGGAGGUCUGUGUUAGCGAGAAAUGGCAGUUAAAGGAAGAGUUCGGCAAAAGGGGUACCGGUGACGAGGAGUUCAAAUUCGCCAGGGGUGUUGCAUGUUUCAGCAACGGUGACAUCGCAGUAACAGAUACAGAACUUGGUCGGUUAUCGUUGUUUACCUCCACUGGGCGGUAUAAAACAUCGAUAGCUCAGGGAGAUGGUUGUCGUCUGUUGAAGGCUCCUGAUGGCGUUGCCGUGACCCAUGAUGACCUGCUUUUCGUUACGGACAAAAAGAAAGUGGAAGCUUUGAACGAUGAGUUACAGUUUGUUAGCGAUUUUAUGUAUGUGGGAUCCAUGAUCGGCAAUGCUGUCGCUGUGGACACUAAACGAGUAGCAGUGGCUGACGGGGGGAGAAUGGUCAUCAAUAUCUACAACUUCAACGGGUCGUUGAUUUCAAGCUUCUCAAAUGACAUGGUUGACAAAGACGUGGCUAUAAGCAACCGAGAUCGGCUGAUCUUCACAAACUUCAAGAAGAAGAGGUUGCUGUGCGUUGACUUUAAGGGCAAUGAGGUGUUCAGUGUGGUGCCAUUACUGAACGGGGAACCAGCGGAACCGACUGGUGUCCUGUGCGAUGGCGAUGGAAGUAUCUGUGUCGCUGUUCAAUCGCGUGUACAUGGAGACGAUGAAGUACAGAAAUACGACUCGAAUGGUGCAUUCGUAGCAACAGUAGCUCAAGGGUUGUACAAUGCGGCAGGAAUGGCAUUUAAUCAUGCUGCUGACAUCGUUGUAGCAGACGGAGUCUCUGUCAAAAUCUUUGAGCGAGUAAAUAUGGCGGAGGCUGCAGUCAAAUCUGUGUGGACGAUCAGCCAGGGGCAUCUGGAAUGUCCGAUCUGUUGCUGUCUUUACAAGGAUCCUAAGAUGCUAGACUGUCUGCACAGCUUCUGCGGGAAGUGUCUGGAAGAGAUGAUGAGCAAACAGAAGCCAGGGGCAGAGAAGAUAAUAUGUCCAGUCUGCAGGAGAGAGACGCAAGUUCCCGAGGGAGGGUUGCAGAGUCUCUCUUCAUCUUUCUUUCUUAGUUCUCUUGUCGAUGAGGUCAAACAUCAGGAGGUGGUAUUAGGAGAAGCUUCGAUACCUACCGCCACAUGUGACUGCGGAGAAGGCAAGGAGGCUACUUGGAGGUGUCUUGAUUGUAGUGAUAACCUCUGUCAGAAAUGCCGCAAAGCCCAUGGCAGGGUUAAGUACACCAGAGACCAUCAAAUCAUUUCAUUGGGAGAUUGGCAGGAAUCAAAGGUCCCUCCAGCAGAACAUAGCAAACCCAUCACCCGAAUGUGCACGACCCACAUCGACCACCCUUUGCAUUUCUACUGUGACACCUGCGACAUCUUCAUCUGCUCAAUGUGUGCCGCAAUAGAUCAUCCACCGGCAGAGCACAAUGUCCUAAAUAUUGAUGACUCUAUCGGGUCCUUCCGCAGUGAGGUUGAUAACAUACUGCAGAAGUUCGAGAAGUGCAGGCUGCGUUUCAAAUCGACAGAAACCUCAAUCGAACGUGCACAAAAUCGAUUGCAAAAGAAACUUGCUGAGGCUCGUAGUGAUAUUUCUGCUCAAGCAAAGGCAGAGAUCGCUAAAAUCAAAAACAAAGCAAAGCUUCUGACCGAAAAGGUCGAUGAAAUCGGUCAGGAGAGAGACAGUGAGUACGAAAAGGCGCUCAUGCACAACCGUGACCAGAUGGAACGGGCAGAUCAGACCAUCAGGGCAGUUAAUGACUUGAUGAGUCAAGCCGAUGAUUUCGAGCUUUUGGAGCUCAAACCGAAGGUGAUGCACAACUUGGCAUUCCAGAAAGAGCUCAAGUUUGAACCGGCGAAUCAUGGACCGUCAUUCAUCGGUGUCAAAUGUCAAGACGUUGUGAGUGAUGCAGAUCUUGGGGAGGUAUGUGUCAGCGAGAAAUGGCAGUUAAAGGAUGAGUUCGGCGAAGAAGGUACCGGUGACGGGGAAUUUCAAUUCGCCGCGGGUGUUGCAUGUUUCAGAAACGGGGACAUCGUAGUAACAGAUACAAAACUGGAUCGGUUAUCGUUGUUUAGCUCCACUGGGCAGUUCAAAGUAUCGGUUGCUCAAGGAGCCGAUUGUCAUGAGUUGGAAGCCCCUUGGGGCGUUGCGGUGACCCAAGAUGACCUGCUUUUCAUCGCGGACCAAAAGAAAGUGAAGGUAUUUGACAAUGAGGUAAUGUAUGUUCGCGAGUUUACACCUUUGGUUGACGAUCAGGAAAUGUCAGAGAGUGGCCUCACUGGUAUUGCUGUGGACGAGCAACGAGUAGCAGCGGCUGACUGUAGGAGAAAUGUCAUCAGUGUCCACAACUUGGACGGAUCGAUGAUUUCAAGCAUCUCAAAUAACAUGGUUGAUUUUGACUUGGCAAUUAGCAACACCGAUCGGCUGAUCUUCACCAACGAAGAGGAGAAGAGGUUGCUGUGCGUUGACUUUCAGGGCAAUGCGGUGUUCAACGUAAUGACCUUACUGAACGGGACACCAGCGAAACCGACUGGUGUUCUGUGCGAUGACGAUGGGAGCAUCUAUGUCGCUGUUGAAUACCAGGCAACUGGGGACGAUAAAGUGCAGAAAUACGACUCUAAUGGUGCAUUCAUAGCAACAGUAGCUCAAGGGUUGUACAAUCCGAUGCAAAUGGCAUUCACACCCACUGGCGACGUAGUUGUCGCAGACGUGCACUCUGUUAAGAUCUUUGAGCGGAUGUGAUUUGCCCUACAAGGCACCUCAGAAAAUAACCUGUUUUAUUUGAACUAGGGCUAAUCUACAUCCGCUACAGGACGCCUUAAAUUCUAUUUAAUACUCAGAUUUACCCAGAUGGUAAAACUCGUUCGAAAUUGAACUUACUAACGUUAGUGUGGUUUAGUUAAUCUCGAUUGCCUGACUGCCUAUGGCGUACCUCCCAGUAAUUAAAAGUCAGAAAGAGAAAUCAAAUUUAAAACAGUGGAGAAAGAGAAAAAGCGUUGGAUGUUUCUCGAAAUGUAGCACAUUUUAUGGUGACAAAAUAAAUAUUUGAAGGUUGAGGGGGCGUAACUUCUUAAAAUUCGGCAUCCAAUUCACAAAAAUAGAAUUGACCACUGCGGUGUCAUAACAUAUGGUCAUCGCUGUAAGGUAUUGCUACAAAAUAAAAGUAAGUCCAUAUAAGUCCAUAACUUGUAUAUUUGUUAGUAUGAAAUGUCUUCAAUCUUAAUGAAGCGUAUUUUGCCAAUCUUCAUUUUGUUUCAGUACAUUGUACAUAGAGCACAUGUAGCACGAGACAUUCUUCGUCUUUUUUUUAUUACGACUGUACUGUUUGGAUUUAGCUUUAUUUUGUUUUACUUUGAUUCUUUGCUCAAGAUACAUUAGUCAUUACCUCUUUUGAUGAUGGUUAUCUUAUCUUGUUUUUAAUGAUGAAGCAUUCGUUUUCUUGUGAAGGUCUCUUUUUGAGUUCUUUUGAGAAAGGCUGUUAGUUCUGUUUGAAAUCACGUUUGGUUAUUAGGAUAGACUAUGCUUUAUCUGUUCCUGCUCUAUGAUCUUAUUCAGUAAGGUUAAGAGUUCAUUGGAUUUUUGAUUUUUAUAUUUUUCCUUUUGCAAAUUCUCGACCACGUGCUUUUACAUAGGACGUCUCUUGUUCCCAUGGUUCACUGGCCCGUACAUAAAGUUAGGAGUCAGAAGAGUUGUUUUACGAGGUUCUUAUCCAUGUAUUCGGGGAUUAGCGUUUUGCACUCCAUCAUCAGAGAUGUUUAUUGCUUAAUGAAUAUUCAUUUGAUCAUGUUCAUUAUUAUGUUUUCUCUUUUCUUUUCGUUUCUAAUUUUCGAAAUUUUCAAUAAAGUGUACUUUAAGAUAAUUGGA